CUCUCCCCCAUACUUAUCUCCACUCUCUCUCUCUCAAACCUCUCCCAUCUUCACACACUCAAAACACACACACCCCUUUCAUGCACAAUGGAUUCAUCCCAAGAACUCAAACACAGAACCACAACACAAACCCCCCAAGACCAAUCCACCACCACCACUUCUAAUGCCCCAAGCCAAAAGAAAAAAGCCAUGGCCAAACGAGGCCUCCGCUCCCUCGCCCUAGCCCUAGCCCUCCCUCUCUCCAUGACUCUCGCCAACAUCUACAUGUUCGGUCGCCCCGGCAGCGUGGGCCAGACCUUCCGCAACGUCUCCAAGCCCUCCUGGUUCCCUCCCCUGUGGCUCCUCCACUCCAUGUGCGUGGUCUUCUCCCUUCUCAUGGGCCUCUCUGCAUGGCUCGUCUGGGCUGAAGGCGGCUUCCAUACCAAACCUCGAGCUGCUGCUAUGUACUUGGCUCAACUUGGUCUCAGCUUGGCGUGGGAUCCGGUUAUGUUCUGGAUGGGAGCGAGUCGAGUCGGGCUGGCGGUGUGUUUGGCGUUGUUAGUGUCGGUUUUUCAGUGUUUUCGGGUGUUCAAGAAUGUGAAUCCUAUAGCUGGGGCGCUUGUCAAACCUUGCCUGGCUUGGGUUGGAUAUCUUACGGCUGUAAAUCUUAAACUUGUGUACCUCUAAACAUUCCAGUUUUUAUCCAUCUCUUAUUAUCAACAUCAUAGCUUAUGAAUAUGAGUUCUUUAGUAUUUUUCCGUGUUCU